UGCCACCCACUCAUUUCCUCAUUCCCUCUGUUUCUCUCCUACACCGUACCAUUCACUGCCCAACUUCCCUUCUUCUCCUCUCCCAAACCAAAACCCCCAAUCUGAAACAUAACACAACAACUGGGUUAUCCUUGAAACUAAGUUUCAUUCAAUCAAAUCCCAGAAACCAUAACAAAAACUCCACUCAACAACAGAGCAAAUUGGGUCGACUUUCAGGACCAAAAAAUGUCGUCCAUUUCCCCUUCUAGUUACCAUCAGGCCCUCCAAUCCUGCGUGGAGUCCGCCAGACUGAUCGAACCACGCGUUCUGCGGCUUCGAUUGACUCAACAAACCCCCAACAUUGCUUCGGACCCGGAAUCCAACAAGAAUGCCGGUGGGUUCAGCUUCCUCCAAUGCAUCGCCGCGAAAGAAACCGGCGAAACAAACAGAGACCCAGCAUUCACUCUGGCCCCAAGUAGUAGCAACAACAACAGCGUAAUGAAGCGCUCUGUCUCCUCACUCAGUAAACAGAGUCUCGAAAUGUGUACCGAGAGCCUUGGCAGCGAGACCGGAAGCGACGACCGCGGCAGCGACGACGAUGAGCUGCUGCUGCCGCCGCUCUCUGCACCUGCGGUGGCAGCAGAUAGCGUAGAGCAGGGGGAUUUGGGGAAGACUAGUGUUAGUAUUAGUAGUAGCAGAGCGGCGGCGAGGCAGAGGCUGAGAAAUGUGAGGAGAAGUAGCAGAGGGUGCGUAACGUUGCCGCCUCCCCUGUCUUCAAUUGGAGGAUCCACCGGAGUCCGAAUGCGGUCUCGUCGAGAAGACGGGAGGCUCGUGGUGACCGCAGUCUCUGUGUCGUCUCCCCGUGCUCAAUUCCACGUUGAGAGGAGCAACGGCCGCCUCCGGCUUCAUCUUACUACCGAAUACCCAACUCAAGAUGAAGAAGCAGGGGACGAAAAAACAGAGGAUGCAAAAACAGAGGAGGAGAAAGAAGGAGGAGAAGAGACGGAGGAAGUGGAGAGGGCAAGCGGUGGAAUUAGCACGAGGAGCGGGAGGUGCAAGGAAGCAGGGGAGGGAAACAGAGGAUUGAUGAAUUGGGAACCAUUUUGGGUGGCUACUUAGACAUUCUGUAUCGGAGUUGGAGAGUUUAUUACUUCUUCUAGCAAUAGCUCAGUCCCCAUUCUAUAGGGUGACUUACGUAUCGAUAUUUAUGUUGUGAUUUAUGGAUAGCAUUAUCUCAUUUUAGGUUAUCCUUAGGUUAUCUAGUAGUAUGAGAUUAUUGUUGGAUGAUGUUCUUGAGCUAUUUGGUAGUUCUUCGAUUUGGAUUCUCUUAUCUAAAUCCAUAUCAAUGCUUUGGGUACUUAUUAUCCUAUUCUGUCUAUUAUCUAUAUAUUCUGAUAUUGUCCAUGACUUGAGAUUUUUCGGGAACAAUAAAAUCAAUCCACAAGU